AUGUUCAAAUUCAUCGCUGUUUGCUUCUUCGCCCUCUUGGCUUUGGCUGCUGCUAAACCUGGUGUUGUUGCCCAAUUGGCUUAUACCGCUCCCGUGGCUUACUCUGCCCCAUUGACCUAUUCCGCACCUUUGGCUUACCAUGCUGCCCCCGCUGCUGCUGUUGUUGGUAGUGCUGCCUAUGUUGCUCCCUAUGCCUCCAGCUACAAUGCCCAUACCAUUGCCCACUCUGCUGCCUUCCCUGCCACUUAUGCUGUAGCUCCCGCCGCUGUUGCUGCCCCAGUAGCAACUGUUGCUCCUUUGGCUUAUACCGCUCCCCUGGCUUACUCUGCCCCAUUGGCCUACUCUGCUCCAUUGGCUUACCAUGCUGCUCCCGCUGUCGUCGGUAGUGCUGCCUAUGUUGCUCCCUAUGCCUCCAGCUACAAUGCCCACACCAUUGCCCACUCUGCUGCCUUCCCUGCCACUUAUGCUGUAGCUCCCGCCGCUGUUGCUGCCCCAGUAGCCACCCCCUUCGCCGCUCCCCUUUUGUUGAAAAAGUAAAUCAGAGAAUGUGAAU